CCCGUAGAAGCGCGCAUGUGCAAACACAGUUCUAAAAACACGCCCAGUUUGUCACAGGACUCUGACACAGGACUCUGCCAGUAUCUAGUAGCCUUGACAACGACCAAUGACCACUAUUUCUAUCUUCACAAAGCACACACAUCCUCAGUAUUAAACUUUGUGGAGAGAGGAAAGAUGACUGAGAGAAAAGCAGUUAUCAAGAAUGCUGACAUGUCUGAGGACAUGCAGCAAGAUGCUGUAGACUGUGCUACUCAGGCCAUGGAGAAGUUCAACAUUGAGAAGGACAUAGCUGCUUACAUCAAAAAGGAGUUUGACAAGAAAUACAACCCGACAUGGCACUGCAUUGUUGGAAGGAACUUUGGCUCUUAUGUCACUCACGAGACGAAGCAUUUUAUUUAUUUUUACCUGGGACAAGUAGCAGUACUGCUUUUCAAGUCAGGAUAGACUUGAACUUCAACUAUAUCUAUACAUUUGGUAUUCUCUUAGUUAUCUCAUUGUUACUGUCUUUGUACCUAGUAACCUGUUGUACUUGUGGAACUAUCAAUCUUUAUUCCAAAUUGAA